AGAUAGAGAGUCAGGCGGCGGUAAGGGGUGGCUGUACGACCCUCUUUUGGGGGGGGUCUGAUUAUAAAAAUAUAUACACACAUAUAUACACGCCCAGGCCGCGAGAUAGGUCCUAUGCCGAUAUUAGGUCUUUUUAGUAAGCAUAUAGCUAUAUCUCUACAAUUAAAAAAAUGCCUAUUUUACUUUUCCUGAUAGACACGUCCGCUUCUAUGAAUCAGCGCACAUAUUUGGGUACGACGUAUCUGGACAUUGCUAAAGGCGCGGUUGAGAUCUUUAUGAAGCUGCGUGCCCGAGACCCGGCUAGUAGAGGCGACAGGUACAUGCUAGUUACAUUUGAUGAGCCACCAUACGGAGUUAAGGCGGGCUGGAAGGAGAACCACGCCACCUUCAUGAGCGAGCUGAAGAACCUGCAGGCCUCGGGCCUGACCACGCUGGGCCACGCCCUCCGCGCCGCCUUCGACCUGCUCAACCUCAACCGCCUCGUCUCCGGGAUCGACAACUACGGACAGGGCCGGAACCCCUUCUUCCUGGAGCCCUCUGUGAUCAUCACCAUCACCGACGGCAACAAGCUGACGCACACGUCCGGCGUGCCCGAUGAGCUGCACCUCCCGCUGAACUCGCCCCUGCCGGGCAGCGAGCUGACCAAGGAGCCGUUCCGCUGGGACCAGCGCCUGUUCGCCCUGGUGCUGCGCCUCCCGGGCGCGGCCGCGCUGGACAGCGAGCAGCUGGGCAGCGUGCCCACCGACGAGUCGGCCAUCACCCAGAUGUGUGAGGUCACCGGAGGCCGGUCCUAUUGUGUGCGCACCCAGAGGAUGCUGAAUCAGUGUCUGGAGUCUCUGGUGCAGAAGGUUCUGAGCGGCGUGGUCAUUAACUUUGAGAAAACGGGGCCUGAUCCGCCUCUGGUGGGCGAAGACGGCCUGGCGGACCCGGCUCGGCCCGCGCCCCCCUUCGGCCCCCAGGCCUGGCACAGCUGCCACAAGCUCAUCUACGUGCGGCCCAACCCCAAGACCGGGGUGCCCGUGGGCCACUGGCCCGUCCCAGAAUCCUUCUGGCCCGACCAGAACUCCCCCACUCUGCCCCCACGCUCAGCCCAUCCCGUGGUUCGGUUCUCCUGUGUGGACUGCGAGCCCAUGGUGAUCGACAAACUGCCGUUUGACAAGUACGAGCUGGAGCCCUCCCCCCUCACGCAGUACGUCCUGGAGAGGAAGUCCCCGCACAUGUGCUGGCAGGUAUUUGUGAACAGCAGCGGGAAGCACAACGACCUUGGCCAGCCCUUCGGCUACCUGAAGGCCAGCACCGCCCUCACCUGCGUUAACCUCUUCGUCAUGCCUUACAACUACCCGGUCCUGUUACCACUCCUAGACGACCUGUUCAAAGUGCACAAACUGAAGCCAAACCUCAAGUGGCGGCAAGCCUUUGAGAUCUACCUGAAGUCAAUGCCUCCCUACUUCCUGCUGCCUCUGAAGAAGGCGCUGAGGAUGAUGGGAGCGCCCAAUCUGAUCUCGGACAACAUGGACUGUGGCCUGAGCUACAGCGUCAUUUCCUACCUAAAGAAGCUGAGUCAGCAGGCGAAGAUGGAGUCGGACCGGCUGAUCGUGUCGGUGGGGAAGAAGCCCCCCCAGGAGACGGGGUUAAAGGUGAAGAACCACUCCAGCGGCCCAUCUCUGGCCCUCCGCUGCGACUUCAAACAGCUGCUGCAGGGCAUCACCGGGGAGACGCCCCUGCGCCUCGCCGACGUCAACCUCAAGGAGUUCGCCGGGUUCCAGAUCGCGCUGCUCAACAAGGACGUAAAGCCGCAAGCCUACCGGAAUGCCUUCGACAUUCCCCGGCGGAACCUUCUGGAUCAGCUGACGCGCAUGCGCUCCAACCUCCUGCGUACCACACAGAAGCUCAUCCGCGGGCAGGACGAAGACUACCUGCACAGCAUCCCGGUGGGUCAGAUGGGGAACUACCAGGAGUACCUGAAGAUGAUGCCGUCCCCCCUGCGGGAGAUCGACCCGGACCAGCCCAAACGCCUGCACACCUUCGGGAACCCCUUCAAACAGGACAAGAAGGGAAUGAUGAUCGACGAAGCGGACGAGUUUGUGACGGGCCCCCAGAACAAGAAACGAGGGGGUGCGGGGGACCCGAACUCGGGGGCCACGCUGAAGAGGAGGCGGAGCAUGUCCCCGUUGCUGCGCCGGCCGCAGACUCCGCCCAUCAUCACCAACCACGUGGUGGGGAAGGGGCCCUCGGGGGCCCUGGCGCAGCACAGCCUUAUAAAGCCCAUCCCGCUGCACAAAGGAGUGGAGGGGAACAGCGUGUCGGGGGUGGAGAGUAAAGGGGAGCGGAUGCAGGCUGGAGAGGCAGCAGACGGCUGGCCCGGAGGACCGGACGAAGUUGGGACAGGGCUCCCCCUGGAGGACAGGCCUGGAUUGGCGGUGGGCGAAGGCGGGGAGGACGGGGCGGGGCUGGAGGACAGGAUGGAGGAGGACGGCCUCGAUGUGAGGCCUCUGAGCCGGCCGGGGAACUGCGAGGAGCUGAGUCCUCCCGGCCUGCAGGGGGCGAUGGACGACGCUGGCGCAGACCCGGCCGUUACCAGGAUGGUCAUCGUGCUUCCCCUGGAGGGCAACAACGCAGAGCUGCGCGCUCGAAUCAUUAAGGAGGUCCGGAAGCCAGGCCGCAAUUUUGAGGCAAUAAUAAGGCUGCUGGAGGAAGUGAAGGGACCUCUGGACGUGCAGAGAUACAUCAUCCAUCACGCCAUCAAGGAGGCAGCCAGGUUUAAGAAGCGGGUUCUGAUCCAGCAGCUGGAGCUGGCCAUGGAGGAGAUGGAGGAGAAGCAGCUGCUGUCUGCUGGUCUGAACAGCAUCCACAGCAGAUAGGGCUGGAGCAACGCUGAGGCUGAGACACGGAGCCUGAGAGGGGGAGAGACCUGGGGCUGCACACAUGGUGGAGAGGAGAGAGAGGGAGAGAGGAGAGGAGAGAGAGAGAGAGAAAGAGAGAGAGAGGAGAGAGAGAAAGAGAGAGAGAGAGGAGAGGGUGGGAGAAAGGAGAGUGAGGGAGAGAGUAGAGGUAGGGAGAGAGGAGGAGGAGGGAGAGGGGAGAGGGAGAGAGAGACUCCACUCUCACACUCCCCACCUGGUAGCCAGCAGCAGCCCGGACUCUCAGGGUCCCCUCGCACACGGACGAGGAAGAGGAGGUGGAAGGGAAGCACCUGAGCCUUCCCCGCGGUGACAAACUCCGCCCCCGCCCGUCCGUCUGUCCAGCCGUCCCGGCGUCCGUGCGCGUGCUCCCGCUGAAGCCCCUCGCUGUAAUGGGCGCAGUCUGCCGGGAGGCUGCCGGACCCAGGGCCCGGUCUUCAGCCUGCACCCCGAACCCCACGCUGGGCGUGUCUUACGGUACCUUCCUAACGAACGGGUCAGCAAUAGAGGAGAAGGAGCGAGACCCAACCCAGCAAGUACCUGAAAGACAGACAUUUACUCAGAAAUGUGUGACCGGAGGGCUGGAGGCUGGGGGAGCUCAGCUGGAGAGCUCCUAUUGGACGAUACAGAGCAAUGGGACCUAUACAAGCUAGCAGCCUCAACAGCAGGGAUCUCAAACGCCAGUGUCUGAGGGAGGUGCAGUGACUGCUGGUUUUAUGAGCAUUUCAGAGCUUAAAUGCUGAAUUUAAGUCAGUGAAAAGGAGCCACAACAUCCUGAGAGCAGAUACUGCUGGCCCUCUAAGACUGGAGUUUGAGAUCCCUGCUGCACACAGCUGAGUUUUCAUUCUCCUCUUUCCCGUCCUUAAGGGGGAAGGCACUGACAUAUUACAUAUUAAAGGGAGAGGGGAAAACAGGUCAAUAUGUUUGCAGGUAGGAGGGCCUCACAAACACACAGACGACGGGGCCCGGGAAUCUUAUCUACCUCAGUUUUUUAAAAGUGUGGUGUAAUUUUUUAUUAUGUUUUCAUUUAUUGAUAUCUGUCUCCAUGUCCUUUGGGAGUGAAGUGUGGUGUCGGUUGGCCCUUCUGGACAACAAACGUGACAAGACGUUCCUCUCAAUCAACAUCUACCAAAAACCGGUGUCUGUUGGUUUUCGGUGUGUUUCAGCACUUAAGAGUGAUUCAUUCAAGCCAUUGAUUGGCUGAAGAUUUCACACAAUCCUUUUCCAAGGCUGUGACUGGCUGCUAAUUGAGAAGAACCAGUGGCACUCCAUGACUGGAGUUUUGACACCCCCACUCUAAAUCAUAUUUGCAACAGUUCAGGCAUGCUUAAAAGCAAUAGUAUCACAGCACCAUUUUUAUGAACAUUAUUCUCUUCCCUUCCCAACUCAGUUAAGGGUAAAACUAAUGGUAAAAGGUAUGUACAGCCAAUCUGUCACCUGAGAAAUCUGUGCAGGUUGUCAGAGAGUCCAACCCGCUCACCUUUGUCUCACUUGCAGCUCACAGCAUCCCCUAAUUGGUCAAAUUUUGUGGGGUCAUUUAGAAUCUCUGCAGCCCGUGUCAUCGGGCACCUGUUCCUGAUUGGACGCCUGCAAACAAUCCAUUCAACAAAUCGACAGAUGCAAAGCUACCUGCUUCUUCUGUUUAUCUUUUCUUUGGGUUUUAUUUUUAAAAGAAAAAGAUGUAUACUACUUUCUAAAUGUUCAUACAUGCAAAAAUCAAGAGGUUAUUUUUGGACAGUAUUCUUUCAGAGCAUAAAAAUGGAAAUAUUUUAAAAGAGAAAAAAGUUGUAUAAAGAACAUUUUUUAGUGUUAUAUAUAAAAUGGAACAUUUUAUGAUUUUUUUUAAAGAAACAAAAAUGAAUAAACAGCAGAAAGGUACGAAAUGA